UUCAGUUAAUUUCGGUCGCGAUGAAGUUCUCGGUAACGGCAAUUUUCCUAUUCACUGUUUUCUCGACAAUCGGGCAUUUGCGGGCUCAGCAUGAUCCCCACUUCUGGACUGGACAUAGCACAAUUGUGCAUCUUUUCGAGUGGAAAUACUCCGAUAUUGCACAGGAAUGUGAACGAUGGUUGGGACCCCGUGGUUUCGGUGGUAUUCAGCUUUCGCCAGUAAACGAGAAUGUGAUUGUAGCACCGCCGGCAAGUGACAACAAUCGUCCUUGGUGGGAACGCUACCAGCCAAUUUCGUACAAGCUGACCACACGAUCGGGAACCGAAGCGGAUUUCCUGGACAUGUCACAACGAUGUAAUGCUGUCGGUGUGCGACUGUACGUUGACAUCAUCAUCAACCACAUGGCAGCUCAUCCGGAUGACGGCAGCACAGGACAUGGUACUGGAGGUUCUACUGCUGUCCCACAGGAUCGCGAUUUCCCUGCGGUUCCUUACAUAUUGUCGGAUUUCAAUCCAUCCUGUGAGAUUACCGAUUGGAAUGACGCGGAGAUGAUUCGGAAUUGUGAACUGUUUGGAUUGCCUGAUCUAGACCAGAGCAUUGAAACGGUCCGAAAUGAAUUGGUAGCUUUCAUGGAUCAUUUAAUCGAUCUGGGUGUAGCAGGAUUCCGCGUUGAUGCUGCCAAACAUAUGUGGCCAGCAGAUUUGGAGGUUAUUUAUGGUCGAUUGAAGAAUCUAAACACUGAUUUUGGCUUCUCGGCGGGAGCGCGUGCUUUUAUGAUGCAAGAAGUGAUUGAUAAUGGCGAUCACGAAGUAGUUCGUAAGUACGAAUACAACCACCUGGGAACGGUUACGGAGUUCAUGUUUUCGUACUACAUGGGUCGGGCGUUCCGCGGAAACGAUGAGCUUGUUUGGCUGGAAUCUUUUGGGGAAGACUGGGGACUUCUUCCGUCGCGCGAUGCACUGGUUUUCGUUGAUAAUCACGACAAUCAACGUCAUGACUUUGGCACGAUAUUAACCUACAAACUACCGAAGCCCUAUAAAAUGGCAGUUGCUUUCGGAGCUGCUUAUCCGUUCGGCCAGCUGCGCAUCAUGAGUUCAUUUGCCUUCGAUGACCUUGACAUUGGGCCGCCUAUGGACAGUAAUGGCAACAUCAUAUCUCCCUCGAUCAACACCGAUAACACCUGCGGAAACGGUUGGGUAUGUGAGCACCGCUGGCGGCAGAUUGCCAAUAUGAUCAAGUUUAGAAAUAUUUGCUGGGACACGCCGAUAGCGAAUUGGUGGUCGAAUGGUGAAAACAAGAUUGCUUUCUCCCGCGGCAGUCAGGGCUUCGUGGCGUUCAAUAAUCAGGGAGUCGAUUUCCUGGAGGUAUUGCAAACGGGUCUCGCUCCUGGUAUCUAUUGCGAUGUUAUCUCGGGAGAUAAGGAAGGCAAUUCGUGCACGGGCAAAAAAAUCACGGUGCUGGAAGAUGGCCGGGCCUCCAUCCACAUUGCACAUGACGCGGAGGACGGCGUGUUGGCGAUCCACGUAGAGUCACGGCUGUGAUAUUGGACGAUGCGCUUUGGAGUGCUUAUUAAGAGUCAGUGUUGAUGUGGAAUAAUGUAUAAAUAGAAAUGUGUAUUUGUGAAUUCAAAAA